CACACGGAGGACACACAGGACUUAUACUGGUGUCCACUGGUCAGGACAACACACGGAGGACACACAGGACUUACACUGGUGUCCACUGGUCAGGACAACACACAGAGGACACAGACACACACGCGCCAUCAGAAUUGGCCAACAUGCUUUUUUCUUAAUGUACACAAUGAAUGAAUAUGACUAUUUUUAUUAAUUACUAUUAAUUAAUAUUAUGUCGGUAAUCAGUCAAAUAAAUUGUUAUAUAUUGGCUCAUCACAUAUCAGCAUAUCAUAUAUUUACGGUGUUUAUCUGACAAGUCAUGAACAUAUUGUCACAAUAAUUUAGGUGAACUAGAACUAUUCACAUUCAUGAAAAGUUCAACGACAAAAAUCUGACAAUAUGAAGUAACUUUUCACACACACUCACAGAUAAACAUCUACAGACUCAAACUGUUGAAUCUUCACUAAUAAGCUGUUUAAAUGUUGCAUAUACUUUUCUUUUUAUGCUUCAUGCUGCUGCAACUUUUAAAAGGUUGCAUCUUACUUGAUUUUCUGAUUUAUAGUUUAUAAUUCUGUGAUUUUUUAAAGUCUCUUUUAUGUUCAUUAUGUCUGUUUUCACGUGAAGCACUCAGUGCUUAUACUGCCGUCAUUGCAAAGCACUUUGUGCUGCAUUUCUUGUAUGAAAGGGGCUGUAUACAUGUUGGUGGACUAACCAAUAAAAUGUUCCCUAAUUUUUACAUGUUGUGUGUUUAAUUAUUGUUUGAUAGCUGAUGUAACAUCUGGCUGAGAGACAGUUUAAAAUGACACUAACACUGAUACAUUUACAGUGAUGUUGAUUAAUGAGUGAUGCUCCUGAAAAUAAAUAAAUAAACAUACACAUUACACCUCAGAGUUUUGGGGCCCUGGAGCUCUACUGACUCCAAAGCAGGUCCUUGUUUACCUCUUCAUAUGACACUUAUAAGCUGUGAAGCUUCAUCAAGAGUGUUCAGCUCGUGACAAAGCUCCAGGAGGACCAAACGUUAAUGAAGCUGAGCAGUCUGAGGGAUUUUCUGUUCAGAGACUCAGGUGAUAUUUUCCAACACACCUGCACCUGAGACAGGUGGACGUGCAAAUAUCUUUCUUCAAACAAAUAUUGUAGAUAAGCAAAUGUAGACAGUAAGAUAAGAUAAGAUAAGAUAAGAUAAGAUAAGAUACACCUUUAUUGAUCUCACAGUUGAGAAAUUCCAGUACAUUCCAGAUAACUGCCAACUUGUGAAUCUAGGUAAUAUUAAUAACAGGUGCAGUGCCUCGUACAACCCCACCUUUAAAAUCAAAACUAUCCCUUUAUUCUGUAGAUUAACUCAACCUGUCAGAGAAAUGUGGAGGAGUAGAAAUCACUGUAUUAAACUAUGAGAUGCAGUGAAAUAAUAUAAGUGUUAAGUGGCAUGAUUAUAGAAAAUACUCAGGUAACACACAGGUACCUUAACUGUGUACUUAGUUACAGUACCAGAGUAAAAGUACUCAGUUACAUUCCACCUGUUUAUUUCUUCUGUCAGCUGCUGUUCUUUGGCGCUUGUUAUUUUGAAUGUAGCAUCUGGAGGCUAGCUAACGUUAGCUGCGCUGUUAGCACAACAAUGACUCGCCACAUUAGUCCCUGUGUAAUGAAACGUUGUGUCUCAGUGUGAUGAGGCGGCUCUGCUGCUGUGAAGGCUAACGGUGCUGUUAGCUCUCUGACAGCAGCUUUCAAACCGGGUGUCAUAGCGGACUGAAGGCUAGUUAGCCUCCAUGCUAACAGCACUGCUAACUACGCAGACCGGAGCUGUCACGUCUUUUUUACCGGUUUAUUAUCAAACUGUAUUUCAGCAGGUUGUCUCGUUGGUGAUGAAACGGUGAUAAUAAGUUAAUGAAUGAAGUGUGAGCUCAGUGUGUGACAGCUGCAGGGUUAGCUAACUGUCUCCAUGAAGCUCCAACAGAGCUGCUAAAAGAAGCGCCGCAGUUCGGACACAACAACGAGCUAAUUAAUGAUAACAUAUCGUUCUGACUCGGUGGAUGUCUCAUUUAUUUCAUCUUUCACCGUGUUUCCGUCCCUGUUCUGGGUCCGAGCCGCAGCCUGUCGCUCCCUCGCUCCGGGAGGACAUGGCUGUGGGAAUAAUGCAUACUGGGUUUAGACCGGAAGUUGUACAGUCACCUGUGUGACUUGACUACCUGCACUGAUCCUGACGGGGGCGUCUCCUCUUCUUCACUAACUCAUCAUCAUCAUCAUCAUCAUCAUCAUCGGGGACUCCUCGGUACAGACUCGGCCGUGUCUCCAGGAUCAGGUCUGACUCACCGACAUGCUGACCGGGCUGCGGACCGAGCCCCGGGGGGAGAACCGGACGGAGCCCCGGGGGGAGCCGGUGGUCCUGGACCCUGCAGCUCUGAGGCAGCAGAGGAGACUCAAACAGGCGAUCCAGUUCCUCCAUAAAGACUCAGCUGACCUGCUUCCUCUGGACGGACUCAAGAAGCUCGGCACGUCCAAACAGGGGCAGCCUCAUCACAUCCUGCAGAAGCGCCUGCUGGAGGCCAAACUGACCCGAGGACGGAUGAACCUGUGCGGAGUCACACCGAACAGCGGAGCACUGCUCCUGACAUGUUCCCAGUUUAAUUCACAUCAGGAUGAGGAGGAAGAGGAGGAGGAAGAUUUCAUCUAUGUGCCCUGCAAGUGUUUGGGACAGAAGGUGAAGCUGCUGAUUGACACGGGCUGCAGACUGAACCUGAUGUCGUCAGAGACUGUGCAGAGAUUAGGUUUGAAGGAUCUGGUGGAGGAGAACAAAGAGGAAACAGAUGGUUUCCCAUUUCAGAGGAAACUUUGUAUGGACGGACACAUCAGGGAGCUCAGUCUGACUCUGGGCCAGCUCAGAAUAACGAGCUCCUUCGCUGUAGUCGAAAGUAACAAACCUCUGAUGUCUCUGGGAAACAAGACAUUAAAGUCACUGAAGAGUGUGAUCGACACGGAGAGGCAGAUGUUGGUGUUUGGGACGACGGUCAGAGAACAACUACAGUUUGUCAAAAAGACAUUUAAUGAGAGCUCCUCUGACUUUAGGUACCUGUGAGCUCUCUGCGUCCCAACAACAACAACAACAACAACAACAACAACAACAACAACAACAACAACAACAACAACAGCAACAACACAGUGACCAAAAGCAGCACAGUUACUUAUCCUAACAGCUGGACGCCUCUCUGAGGAACUUCAGAUUCACCUGAUGAAUUCUCACUCUGCCUGUUUGUUUGUUUGUUUGUUUGUCUGUUUGUUUGCAGCAGUAAUGACUCAGACUCUGACCUCACAUACACAGCAGCAGCAGCAGCUGCUCUCACAGACACUUGUUCAUGUAGCAGUAACAUGUAGCCUCAUGUUGUAGCUCACUGCAGUCGGACGUGUCGUUCAGCUGGAACAUUACUGAUCAGAGGUGAUUUAUAGCUCUGUGUUUCUGAUUAAUAAAUAUUAUUCUGUCAGACACACAGUGGUGUUUAUGUGUCACUGGAGAGCGAAGGUUUGUACUUGCUGUGAGCUGUAGCUGAUACAUGUAGCACAACCUCCUGCAGACUGUUUCUCUGCUGUAUUUUAUAAUGUUGUCAAAGUGUUUUUUAGUCUAAAACGUGUCUUUGCAUCGAGGUCACUGCCUUCAACCUUCACAGAGAUGAUAACAGCACCUGUGAUGUGUUUUAUCCUGCGACUGUAACAAAGUGCAGCACUGAGUAUCAAAUA